AUGGGGGCCACCCCCUUCCACCCCUCAAUCCUCAUGGUCUGGCUUCCGAAGAAUUUCGACAAGCUAAUGGACAUGAGGUACGAGGGGACCAAGGAUCCACAGGAGCACCUAACAGCUUUUGAAGCAAGAAUGAACUUGGAAGGAGUCGACGACGCAGUCAGAUGCAGAGCAUUCCCUGUGACACUGGCCGGCCCAGCGAUCCGAUGGUUCAACGCCCUCCCAAAAGGGUCCAUUACGACCUUUGCAGACAUCUCCCAAAGCUUUCUGGCUCGGUUCACGACUCGCAUAGCCAAGGCAAAACACCCGAUUAACUUUCUAGGGGUCACCCAGAAACCCAGAGAACCGACCAGAAAGUUUUUGGACAGGUUCAACGACAAAUGUUUGGAAAUUGAUAGCCUCACAGACUCGGUCACUAGUCUUUACCUAACAAACGGCCUGCUAAACGAGGACUUUAGGAAGCACCUCACAACUAAGCCUGUGUGGACUAUGCAAGAAAUUCAAAGCGUGGCCAAAGAAUACAUCAAUGAUGAGGAAGUCAGUCAGGUUGUAGCAGCCAAUAAGCGGCAGCUCCCUAACCCUUCAGCUCGGCAAGUCACCCAGGUGGAUAGAUACAUGGAGGCCCCAAGGGACGGAACCCCAACCAAACAGCACAAACAACCUCCACGGGUGGGAAGGUUCACAAACUACACGCCACUCACGGUGCCCAUAGUGGAAGUUUACCAGCAAAUUAUGGACAAGGGAAUCUUAUCCAGACCCAGGCCGUUGAAAGAAAGAAUGGGAGACGCCUUAGAACAGGCCAUCCGGGAAGGAAAGUUGAACGAGUUCUCCCAACUUAUCCGAGAGCCAAGAAGACGAGAACGGGAGCGCUCAGAAGAAGAUCGAAACAGGACCGUCAAAGCGAGACAAGAACCCGCAGGGGCCACUAACAACCCUCUGACCUUUGUGGUUAACAUCAUAAUCGGACGCGAUACCCCCAAGUCUAAGUCAGCAGCAAAGAAGGAUACCCGGAUCCUCUCUAUUUCGACGGGAGGUCCCGCCACCCCAAACGGAGGACCUCCCAUGAUAUCCUUCGGCCCAGAAGACCAGUGGUUUCAUGACCUUCCUGAGAGCCCUCCCAUGGUGAUCACGGCAAUGGUUGGGACCGGGUUGGUCAGGCAAAUUCUCGUCGAUACUGGAGCUAACUCCAACAUCCUAUUCAGGAACGUGUUUGACGCCAUGGGACUUAGGGAGUCCGACCUUAAGACUCACCAACAUGGUGUUAUAGGGCUAGGCGACAACUACAUAAUGUUCGACGAGACGAUCUCACUCCCAAUCUGCCUUGGAGAUGGUGACGCUAGGAGGUCGGUAAUGGCGGACUUCGUAGUCCUCAAAGACUCCACGGCCUACAACAUCAUUUUAGGAAGAAAAACCAUCAACGAUUGUUCAGCUGUGAUAUGCACUAGAUUCCGAACAAUGAAGUUCAUGACAGACAAAUGA